AUGGAAAAUUUGUACAAUGUCCUCCUUCUAACGUGCUUUUUAGUCCUAAUACCUACCUUGCAUGCCAAUGUCAAAGAGGAUAGUGGGUAUUGGGAAAAGCACGAGGAAGUGCUUGAUUCAUAUUGGAUUCAAAGAGCAUCAGAUGCUGAAAAAGUGAACCAGGGAGCUUAUUAUUCUGACCCUUAUGCACUCACCAGCAACCUGACUUCUAGUGUUAGCCAGCUUAUAAUUGGUGAUAAGAAGGAAAGAAGAAAGUUGGGUUCAAAAUCAGGAAGUGAUCAAUGCCUGGCAACAAACCCUAUUGACAGGUGCUGGAGGUGUGACCCUAAUUGGGCAAACAACCGCAAGAAGCUUGCAGAUUGUGUGCAGGGUUUUGGCAGAAACACUAUUGGUGGAAAGAAUGGUGAAUUUUAUGUGAUAACCGAUCCUUCAGAUAAUGACAUGGUGAAUCCAGUUCCUGGUACCCUUAGGCAUGCAGUUACACGAAAUGUACCCUUGUGGAUCAUCUUUGCUCGUAGCAUGACCAUUAGGCUCAAUCAAGAACUCAUAAUGAAUAGUAACAAGACCAUUGAUGGAAGAGGAGUUGAUGUUUACAUUACCAAUGGAGCUGGUAUUACCAUCCAGUAUAUCAGCAAUGUGAUCAUUCAUGGAAUUAAGGUUUUUAACAUUGUGUCUGGCACUGGUGGACUUGUUAGAGAUUCUGCGAACCAUUAUGGUAUAAGGACUAGGAGUGAUGGGGAUGGAAUUUCCAUCUUUGGCGCUAGCAAUAUUUGGAUUGACCAUGUUUCCAUGAGAAACUGCGUGGAUGGACUGAUAGAUGUCAUUCAGGGUUCCACUGCUAUUACCAUCUCUAAUAGCCAUUUCACAGACCACAAUGAGGCGAUGCUGUUUGGUGCUCGUGACAACUAUGAUACUGAUAGCAUUAUGCAGAUCACUGUGGCAUUCAACCACUUUGGUAAGAGAUUAAUCCAAAGGAUGCCAAGGUGUAGAUAUGGCUUUGUCCAUGUGGUUAACAACGAUUACACCCAUUGGGAAAUGUAUGCCAUCGGUGGUAGCAAGCACCCUACCAUUAUUAGCGAGGGGAACCGGUUUAUUGCCCCUAACAACAAUAAUGCAAAGGAGAUAACGAAGAGGGAAUAUGCACCAGAAUCAGAAUGGAAAACCUGGCAAUGGAGAUCAAUCAACGAUGUGUACUUGAAUGGAGCAUUUUUCAGAGAAGGUGGAACUGAGCUAACCAACAGGCCAUUUUCAAGGAAGGAUAUGAUUACAGCGAAGCCUGGCUCUUAUGUGGGAAGGCUCACUCGCUAUGCUGGUAGCCUUAAAUGCGUAGUGGGUAAACCAUGUUAG